AUGAAGUUGAUGCAGGAUCUAUCACCUCAUUGAACUGCAUGUGGUCACGAUUUCUCUCUGCUGUCCAAUUGUUUCAAGUAAAAGUACGUGAAAUCUAUCCACCGUGUUGAUCACACCGCUAUUAAUUUGUCUUCUGUUGUAAGAUAACCUUAAUCUAAACCUUCGAGUUAUACGAAAGAAAAAUUCGCUGUAUAAUAAUUGGCAGGGCGCGUUGUGCUCUAGACAAAGACAUUUAAAUCCAGUAGAGUUUGCCUCUCAAGACCAUUGGUUCAACUUUCUUGAGACGCUACAAGAAACUCUGCAUCGCGUCGUCCCAUCGCUGCUCCGUCUUCACCUGCGUCCAACCACCUGCUCUACUUUCGUCCAUGCUUGGGCCAACUGCCUACAACAUGACGACCGUUUCCACAAGCGCAGAGGAGCAUAUGCCAGAGCAACAUCAUGCGGAGACCGCGCUGUUCCCGAGCCAGCAGGUCUUCAUCGAUACCGAAGACAAGUAUGGCGCGCACAACUACCACCCCCUUCCGGUGGUGCUGGAGCGGGGGGAGCGCUGCUUUUUGUACGAUACCGACGGCAAGUAUCCAGGAAAAAACACCCAUCCCCAUCCAUUUUGUGCAUGACAAAUACGGGACUUUAUGCAUGUUUUGCAUCACAAAUUGGAUGGGGAUGGGUGUUUUUUCCUGGAUAGCAAGAAAUACUUCGACUUUCUCGCGGCCUAUUCCGCGGUCAACCAAGGGCACUGCCACCCGAAGAUUGUGAAGACCAUGCAGCAGCAGUGCUCGAAACUGACCCUCACAUCAAGAGCCUUUCACAACAACGUAUAAGCUUCUAUACUCUUUCCCUUUCACGUAAAAAUAUGCGUGUGUCUGGUGAUUCCAGGCAGAAGCGUGCAUGUGUGCUGUGAGCUUGUACGAAGCAGGCAAAAAUUAUGAUCUUGAUCCACGUUCUUGUUCACUUAUACAGGUGUACGCCGGCUACACGAAGUUUAUCACGGACUUUUUCGGGUACGACCGUGUGUUACCCAUGAAUACCGGCGUCGAGGGCACGGAAACUGCCAUCAAGUUGAUGCGAAAGUGGGCCUACACAAAACGAGGCACACCAGAGGGCGAGGCCAAAAUCGUCUUUGCGCACAACAAUUUUUGGGGACGAUCAGUGUGUGCCAUUUCCACUAGCACCGACCCGGAUUGCUACAAAGGGUACAGAACUUUUGUGCAGAUGAAAGAGAUCUUACUUCUACUUUUCUGUUUUAUUUGUUUUUGUGUGUGCUCCACCUCGAGCUUGUCAGAUCAUCAAGGUGAGUUCGACAUUCUUGCUAUGCCCACAAAAGCGGCUAUGAGCAUGAAUCUGUUGCCAUUGGCUUUUCAGGUUUGGUCCCUAUGCACCGGGGUUUAUCCUCCUUCCCUACAACGACAUAGCCGCGCUUGAGAAGGCGUUUGAAACGGAGCCAAAUCUCGUCGGCGUGUGCUACGAGCCAAUACAGGGCGAGGCAGGGAUUAUUGUUCCGGAUGAAGACUUUUUUCUCAAGGUAAGUAGUGCUAGUUUUGGUAUCAGUAUAAUGUAUGAUGACCUGAGGCAUUUUUUGAUGUGGAACUUUAUCCGGUUUCGGUUUCGAAAAGAACGAAGAGAGACUGCAACGCUACGUAUGUUACGUCCACAACGCUCGAAGAAGCCAAACCCAGGUUUCCGCCCUGUGCAAGAAGUACAAUGCAUUGCUGUGCUGUGACGAGAUCCAAACGGGGCUGUGCCGGACGGGAAAGAUGCUGUGUUCGCAGCACUUCGGCGUCCGGCCCGACAUACUCGUGCUGGGGAAGGUAUGGAUGUGUCAGAGUUGAAAUCGACAAAGUUGAAAUAAUUUGUCAUGCAUAAAAUGGAUGCCAGUCGGAACCCAGUUUCCAAGUGGCGCAUGACAAAUUUCGGUGGUCCCUAAAUCCAGUUUGUCAUGCUGUUUAGGCAAAGAGGAGUGAUUUUCUCAUGCUACUUUAGCAGCUCGAGCUGUAACCCCAAACAGGCUUACAAUCGGCCUCACUUGCCUGCUCUGCAACACACGUGCCUCCGGUCAUGCAUUUUAUGCAUUACAAAUUAUUUCAACUUUGACGAUUUCAAACCUGACGCUUCCAUAGAAGGCUCUCUCCGGGGGGAUGUACCCAGUUUCCGCCGUCUUGUGCGACGACGAUGUCAUGCUCAACAUACGGCCGGGCCAGCACGGGUCCACCUACGGCGGCAACCCGCUCGGGUCGGCGGUCGCGCAAGCGGCUCUGGAGGUCUUACGGGACGAAAAAAUGGCGGAAAACGCCGAGGAACUCGGACAGAUCUUUCGGAAGGAACUGAAAGCGAUAAAGUACAACUACCGGUUUUUUUUGGUGCAGUAAGCAUUUGAGUAUUCAUUGUGUAUUGAUGAUGGUUGUAAGUGGUUUAAUAUUUAGUGGCGGGGUUAUUCUUAUUUCUUCUUGAGCUUUAUUUCAAGCGGCCAAAAUAAUGUGGUUCUAGUCGACGUGGACGUAGUAGAGCCUGUUUCUGUUUCCAACAAAUCAAGAGCAAAUGAAAAUUUAUCAGGUACGCUUGGAUAAAGGAUGUCCGGGGGAAAGGGCUGCUCAACGCUGUCGAGGUCGAUCCUGCAUUUGCUGCCAAGGUAACCGCGUGGCAGGUGUGCGUCCGCCUGGCCCAGAAUGGGCUGCUUGCCAAGCCAACGCACGAAAACAUCAUCCGAUUUGCGCCGCCGUUGUGCAUCACGAAGCAGGAAAUCAUGGACGCGCUCGCUGUGAUAAAGGGCACACUGGAGGAAUUUAAUGAGAAAGUGGCGAAGUUGUAGUAAAGCCACGGUCGUGCUGUGCGUCGAGACACCGGAAUGCAACCGAAUCAUGAUGUGUAGUAUGAGGACAGAAUUAAUGAACGCAAGCGCAAGUAGCAAUAUUUGAUGAUUGUAAUCUGCACAAAUCCACCUAGUAACGCAAACCUAGACUGCGAAACCGCCCCGGACCCAGAGUAUGUCAUUUCGUUUUCCUAAGCAGGCGAGGUCCUACCCCUCUAUGGUGGUAAGGCGUGUUGAUGUAGAAGUGGCGAAAAAAUGAACACCUUUAUUUUUUGUCCUUGCAACUUGCUAGAGCUGGUCCUGGUUCCGCUCAAACUCAUUGUGCUUUCACUCUGCAACUCCAAGCUCGUGCUUUCUGAAGUUUGAUUUGUACAGAAAGAUAACCUUUUACUAGCCCUGGUUGUUAAUUUAUUACGGCGGACUCGUCGUCCUGCCCUACUUUUGCGUGUGAACCCGGCCUACCAGCUGCACCAGAUACAACUGUGAAUGCCCAACAGAAAGAACUUUUGAAGCCGGAAAGAGCGAAAUGUUGUAGCAGGAGGGGUCGCGAAACCUUCGAACCCCUCAUGUGAGUGUACAAAAACAAAAAGAUCCUUUCUACCUCCACCUUGCAGAAGAAAAAACUAGGAAUAAAAGCAACCUGGUGUUGUAGUUGCAGACACGGGCACUGGCCGCGGCAGCUUUUCAUCUGUGCGGCUGUGGAAAAAAAAUCUUCACUCGGCC